AUGGAAGAGACAAAAUCAAGAUUCAAGAGGAUCUGUGUCUUCUGUGGAAGUAGUUCCGGCAACAAAACCACGUAUCACGACGCUGCUCUCCAACUAGCCCACCAACUGGUGGAGAGAAAUAUCGAUUUGGUGUAUGGAGGAGGAAGCGUGGGGCUAAUGGGUCUCAUAUCUCAGGCUGUUCAUGAUGGUGGUCGUCAUGUUCUUGGAAUCAUUCCGAAGUCUUUAGCACCAAGAGAGAUCACCGGUGAAUCAAUUGGAGAGGUUAUAACGGUAUCGACUAUGCACCAAAGAAAGGCUGAAAUGGGUCGCCAGGCGGAUGCCUUCAUUGCACUUCCAGGUGGAUAUGGGACAUUUGAAGAGUUGUUGGAAGUCAUCACCUGGUCUCAACUUGGGAUCCACACUAAACCGGUGGGACUAUUAAAUGUGGAUGGAUUCUACGAUUCUCUAUUAACGUUUAUAGACAAGGCAGUGGACGAAGGCUUUGUCUCCUCCACGUCCCGCCGUAUCAUCGUCUCCGCCCCGACCGCUUCUCAGUUGCUCCAACUUCUUGAGGAGUAUGUUCCUGAGCACGAUGACUUUGUGUCCAAAAUGGUAUGGGACGAUAUCACAGACUCUCCCACAUCUGAAGGCGACUCGAAAUAG